CGAGCACCUGAAACAGCUCACGAGAUCAACGCUGAGCGACAAAUACAUUGCGCAAGAUUACUGCGCUGACAAGUAAACAUGCUCAGACACGCGACUGGUGCGCUGCGCCGCGUCGCCGCGCGGCGCCAGGCCAGCACGCUGAUUCUAGCCGACCACGACGGCGCGAAUAUGACGCCGUCGACGCUCGCCGCGUUGACUGCGGCGAGCAAGCUCAACGAGACGAGCGCCGUCCUCGUCGCCGGCGCGCCAAGUACGGUCGCCGAGCAGGCCGCCAAGGCCCAGGGCGUCGAGGCCGUCUUCCACGUCGACGCCCCACCGUCGGCCAAGGGCAUCGCCAGUUUUGUGGAGAAAGGCGGCUACUCGCACGUCUUCGCGCCCGUGUCCAACAACACCAAAGACUUCGUGCCGCGCAUCGCGGCGGCGCUCGGCGUCUCGCCGGUCACGGACAUCUGCGAAGUUUUGAAUGAGGACACGUUCGUGCGACCGUUUUAUGCGGGCAACGCGUUAGCUACGGUCAAGACGACGCAAUCUGUGACAGUAGCCACGGUCCGCGCGACGGCCUUCGAGAAGGUUAGCGAAGAGGGCGGCGCCGCCGGUGUCGAAGCGGCAUCCAUCGACGCGGCCGUCGCGCCGGAACUCCCGGAGAAGAUCUCCGAGAGCAGUGGCGAUAGCGAAAGGCCGGACCUCACGGCCGCGAGAGUCGUGGUGAGCGGAGGGAGGGGCAUGGGCAGCGGAGAGAACUUCGCCAUGCUCGAGCAGCUCGCCGACAAGUUAGGAGGCGCGGUAGGGGCGUCUCGGGCCGCAGUGGACGCGGGGAUGGUGCCCAACGAGCUCCAGGUCGGCCAGACCGGGAAAGUGGUCGCGCCCGAAUUAUAUAUUGCCGUGGGCAUUAGUGGCGCGAUCCAGCAUUUGUCAGGUAUGAAAGAUUCCAAGACGAUCGUGGCCAUCAACAAGGACGCCGAGGCGCCCAUCUUCCAGGUCGCGGACUACGGGCUGGUCGCCGAUUUAUUUGAGGCCGUGCCCGAGCUCGACGCGAAGCUCUGAUUGACUAAUAUUUGUUCAGUUCACGUCGUCAUUAAACAGGGGAG